AUGGCCAACAUCGAUCCCAAUAAUGAGUCAAGGUUUGAUGAAUUAUGGCGGUUGACUGUCAGCGAUGGCAAGCAUACUCAUCCUCCAGGUUUGUUUCCUCAACGACAUGGUACGACUAGUCGUAUAACUCCACAUCAUAAAGCAAAAAUUAAAGAAUUGAGAAAUUCUCAAGUGAAGGCAAUAUUAAUCAUGGAUAGAUUGAGGAAAGAUGAUCCGACGAUACAAACCUCUAUGAAGCAUGUUUACAAUGAGUUGGCCAAGGUUAAAUCAAAGGAAAUGGAGGGGAUGACUGUUAUUCAGUUUAUGAUGCAUAACUUUCGACAAGAUGCCGACACCUACAAGUGGACUUUGAAUUGUUUGAGAGAGUUGUUAAAUGGUGUCGAACCUGAUGGGAUCCUGACAGAUAGGGAGUUGGGUCUCUUGAAAGCACUGUCAAAUGUCUUUCCAGUUUCGUAUCUCAUGUCGUCUAUAUUCCAUAUAAACAGAAACAUUGAGGUAAAAGCGACGAAAUUUAUGGGAGGCAACAAAGACCAAGGUCUUAUAUUCCAACGUGGAGUGUUAGCUAAGCUGCUGAAAUCAGAAAUCGAAGAAGAGUACCAUUACAAUUACAAUGAAAUUGUUGGACGGUAUGCAGGAUACCCUAAACUGAUACAGCAUUUGAAUGAUACGUGGUUGAUAUACAAGGAGAAGUUUGUCCGAGCCUAUACCCACAAUGUGUAUCAUUUUGGCAACACGUGCACCAACAGGGUGGAGAGUUCUCAUUCUUCUGCAAAGGGUUGGUUAAAUGCUUCGACCGGAGGAGUUGAUAAUGUGCAAAGCAAACUUCAGGACCAAGUUUAUAUCCAAUUUAGUCAGUUAAAGUGCGAUUUUUCAUUAUCAUCCAAGUUAAGGAAGCAUAUUGCAGCGUGGUCGUGCUUUCAAGUUUUGAUUUGUUACAUUACGCAUAUGGCAUUGGAGAAAUUUGAUCAAGAGAUGGAGUCCCUAACGAUGCAAGAUCCGAGUACUUGUACCCCCUAUCUUUGGAAUAUUCAUGGGCUCCCUUGCGCAUGCAAAAUUUUGCAUAAAAUGGAAGAUAAUGACAGGUUCGUCAUUUCAGACCUGCAUCCAUUCUGGAGUACCAUGGCAGUUGAACCUUCGGAGCUAUCAGAGUAUCACGUAAACCGCGAGGCAAUUGUGGAUAGACAGAUUAAUGACCUGAAUUGCCAUUUGAAUGUCGUGGCCUCAUUGCGUGGAAUAGUUUAUUCGUCUACGACUCAUUUGUCCGAGCCAUCACUUGUUAAUACCAAAGGACGACCAAAGAAUAACUCGACAAAGAGAGGCCCUUCGAGAUGGCAGUAUCAUAUUGAUGAGAAGACAAUUAGGUCGUAUUGUGGUUCCAAGGGUUCGCAAUUCUCCCCUGCUACAAAGAUUCCUAAAGCAAAGAUUGAUAGAAGCACUGAUGGAACGCCUCAAUCGAACAUGAAAGAUUAUGUCAAUGUGAUGGCGGAUGGCAAUUGUGGGUACCGGUGCAUUGCUCAACCCAUGUACGGGGAUCAAGAAAAAUGGCCGCGAGUAAGAGGGGAGUUUCUUAUUGAAUUAUACGAGCAUGUUGAUCUGUACACAGCGAUGUUUGGCAGUACUGGAUACGUUCAGGUGAUACACAAGUGUGACUGCCCAUCAGGCCCUUGUCCACAAGCUUAUUGA